AAAAAAUAUAUUUUUGUAGGUCUAACGAGAAGCUUAACUAUAACUUCAGUUGACCAAUCAAUGUUUGAAAAAGCACAAGGAGAGAGAGUAACGUUGCCAUGUACUUUUGAACUCUCAGAGGAAGAUGAAGGCCCACUAGAUAUUGAGUGGGUAUUGAUACCAGCAGAUAAUCAAAAGAAGGAAAAAAUAAUAAUUAUGUAUGCUGUCGACAGGAUUUAUAAUCAUUAUUAUGGUGCUCAGACUGGGAGGAUGGCAUUUACUCAGAAUGAUCCCAAAAAUGGUGAUGCUUCAUUGGAUAUCCAGAAUUUAAAGGCAGAAGACACUGGCACGUACCAGUGCAAAGUGAAGAAAGCUCCUGGAGUUCAAAGCAGAAAAAUACAGUUGACUGUACUUGUAAAGCCAGCAAGAACUAAAUGUUCCAUUGAAGGAUCACAGGAGAUUGGAAAAGAUGUUACCUUGAAAUGUACAUCACAAGAAGGAUCCCCACUUUUGUCUUACGACUGGAGGAGAGUAUCUGGCACAAAUGAACUUCCUGCCACUUCCAUACUGAAUAAAGAUACAGGGGAACUUCUUCUGAAAAACGCCUCUCAAGAACAUUCUGGUUUAUACAACUGUGUGGCCUCAAACAGAGUUGGCACGGAUGAAUGUUCUGUUCAGCUGAAUGUCACGCCUCCCGUAAAUACAGCUGGUAUAAUUGCUGGAGCUAUUAUAGGAACUCUGCUGGGUCUUUCUGUACUGAUUUUUCUCGUCUUCUGUUGCUGUAAGAAGCACAGAGAGAAGAAAUAUGAGAAAGAAGUACAUCACGAUAUCAGAGAAGAUGUUCCACCUCCAAAAAGCCGCAGUUCAACAGCUCGCAGCUACAUCGGCAGCAAUCGUUCUUCUCUGGGUUCAAUGUCUCCCUCAAAUAUGGAAGGAUAUACCAAAACUCCAUAUAGCCAAGUCCCAAGUGAAGACUUUGAACGUGCUCCUGGUCAAAACCCAACCUUUGCACCUUCAAAGGUAGCUGCACCUAAUUUAAGUAGAAUGGGAGCUGUUCCUGUGAUGAUUCCAGCACAAAGCAAAGAUGGGUCGAUAGUAUAAAAUAUUAUUAAUUUAAAAGCUGUUUUUUAAAGUGUUCUUUGUAAGUAUUAGAGAAAACUACUGUGUUCCAUCCCUCAUUUAAACACUGGCAUGAAAUUGUCCUUGAAGCAAACGAACAAGUUAGUUUGAAAAGCCACCAAUUCUCAGAUUUAAUUUUAAACUUAUUAGUAUAUGACAGUUGAACUAUUUACAAAAAGCGUUGAAGUUCCUAAAUAAAUAUUGGACACUGAAGGUAUUUGGACCUGUGGUAGGUUGCUGAAGAGACACUGACACUGUCAGCUAAUGUGCAGUCCUGAAUGUGUAACAGUGAGACAAAGGAGAAUUAACAAAGCAUUUCAUGUGUAGACCAUGGAGUUUCUCAGAGUUCCUAUAACUUUAUCCUCAAUUAUGGAAUAACAGAAAUAUUUGAACUUGAUAUUGAACUCUGAUGUAGUUGCAUGGGGCUGAAAUACUGAGGAUGACUUUGAAUUCUGUUCAUAUUUAUGUGGUUCUUUGAUCUGGUAAUGUUUGUUUGGAGCACUUGAGCUCUUAUUUCAGGGGCAGCCAGUUAUUUAAUUGGUUCAAUUAGUUUAAUUAAUCUACUCUGAAUUUAAAAUGUCAGUGAGUGGAAGUGUGACAGGAGACCUUGCAAGCUCUUUGAAACAUGAAUUUUUCUGUAAUAACUAGUUCUAGUCAGGUUGACUUAAUACUUGCAUUCUCUGAUGCAAGAAGUCCUGUCAGGUUGUUGGUGAUGGCACCUAAGCUUUAAGAUCUAUAAAUCAGCUGUUACUGUCACAGUAAGAAUGAAUUAUGGAUCUUUAUGCAGGUCUUUAAGGUAAUUGUACCUUGCAUUUUCCAACGCCUGUUUAUAUACUAAGGCAGUGCUCUUAUUUUUUUUUCCAAACCAAUUACCUAGAAGCUCCAUGGGGAUUUAAUGAGAGCUAUUAAGCUGUUAAGUAACUGGUAUUGGAUAUCUGUCCUCUAACAUCACUGUGGAAACAACUUUUCCCAUAUACAUGUAAGCAGUAGUCAGCCUUUACUCGAGAUGCUAAUGUCUUCCUGUGUGAAUUUGCAAGGAGUUUAAAGCUCAUUUCUCCUUGCCUCUUCAACAGCUCUAAAUAUUCUGAACCAAUGUUCAGACUUUUUAAGAGCAAGAGUUUUGUGCAGCUGAGAGCAAAUAGUUAUCCAGAAUUGUUCAUGCAGAUCUCAUGUUUCAAAAUUAAAAACGCUUCUUCCCAAUUUUGCAAAAUUAAAGCAAUACAGGAGAAACAGAACAAUUCUUUCUCUUACUUUCACAUGUAUUUAGGACUUCUGAUAGCUUCUGGUAACUGAUAUUACGUACCUGUGAAAGCUGGAUUUAAAACUUAGUGCAGCUUGAAUCUUUGUGGAUUUUAUCUUCCUUCCUGUUUUCUACCUUCUUCAUACUGUGUGAAGGGCAGGUGAGGGAGAGUCCCUUCAGCUUAUUCUAGCUAUAGUUGUUGAACUGCAAGGUAUUUUGGAAAACUCUAAAAGCAUAUAGUAUGGGGCACUGAUGUUGAUGAAGGAAAUAUCUGAAUAGCCUGUUGAAAGAUGUUAGGAUUGUUUGUGUGUAGCAACAGUGUGAGAGAAAACAUUUUCCCAAACUUCUAGGUUUAGUGUCUGCUUUUUUGUAGCUGCUUAUAGUUCUGUGAUGAAUUCUUUGGCUUACUACUAAAUGUUUGUCCUAUCUGUAAUUAGAUGCACAAUCCUUGGCUGGCACUAUUAAUGUAAAGAAAUUUCCCUGCCCGUGGCAGGGUGGUUGGUACAAGGUCAUCUUCCAACCCAAACCAUUUUAUAAUGCUAACAUACCCUUCAUACCGAAUUUAGAAACUUGAAUGGCUAUUAAGCAUUCUAGACCUAGUUUUACACAUUUGGGACUUUUUUAGAUUGUAAGCUGAUACUGUUAGAGAUCAGAUUUUUUAUCUUUCAUGUGUGCCUUGUCAAUAAACUUUGCCUGAUUGUAACUUCAGUUUUUAUGAAAUUUCUGGUGCCUAAACAUACUGUUUGAACAGGUGCUUAGAUGAUGGUACAGUUCUUAAAACAUGACACUGUGAUCUGAUUUCUUGAUUCUUAUGUACUAUUUAUACCUCUUCAUGCCUAUUUUUGGAUGUGACUUCAGUGUCUCUCUCUGUAUUCUUCUGUAUUUCAAAAUGUCACUCCUUCAAUUGCUAAUUAUGAUUUAAAUGUUUAUAUUCCUGAAAACUGUUCAGUUGUUGUACCAAUGAGAUGGAUGAUUGAUUUUUAUAUGUGUGGUAAAUAAUAGGUUUAGUAAAUGUGCCAAACAUAGCUUCUGAAGAACAAUAGGUGGGGAGACAUCUUCUUACAUCCAAUUAUUGUGACAGAAGAGACUUCCAAGAUGUUAAUAGUACACUGAUUGUUUACCUUGAAACCAAGGCCUUCCUUAAUUAAAAGGGUAUAAUUAUUAUAAAUACGAGUUGAGUACAAAACUAAGCUGAAUCACAGACUGAGAGAUAGCUAUAAACCUAAGCAACCAGGCAGCAAACCUACUAAAUUUGGUUCUUAGCCAUCUGUGGUCAUAUGUGUUUUUCAGUGGGUUUUGUUUGGUUUCUUUUGGUUUGGUUUUGUUUUGUUUUGUUCUUUUGGUUUGGCCUGAGACCCUGUACUUACAAGUCAGUUAAGCCCUAGGACACUCAGAACCAGAAACCUAUCUCAGUAAAGCACGCAGAGCAGAGUUUACACAUGCUUGAUGCUCUGUCAGCUUGUGCAAAAUAAUAAAUGGACAGAAGGACAGCGUGAUGUGCCCUCAGAGCCUGGCUGUUAGGCUUAGCAGCCUUGACAGUGUCUGUCUAUUUAUGUAAUUGCAUGGAAAAAGAGGAGAAAUAGAAUCUGACAUAGUCCUUAUCUGAAAUAAAGAACCCCUGACUUGGGGUAAACUUGGCCUCAAGUUGCUAUCAUCAUGCCUUUUUGGAUGGAUAGAACACUACUAUGAGAACAUAAUACUGCUAUUAUAAAUUAUAAAUUAUUUCUUUUUUUCACUAGAUUGUUCACUUACACUGGAUUAUGAUUCUCAAAAGCAGCUACUGUAGUCUAACAAUGAUUUCUAGCUGUGUAGGAGAUGAACUGGUUAAACAUGUGAGGUGUCCAAUCUUACAGAUAGCUCUCCUAACAGAACACUUUUAGGAAGUAAUGGCAGCUGAUAUACCAGUUAGGAGGUGGCAUUUUUAAUGUCUCAUUUGAUUAAAAAAGAAAAAAGGGGGAGGGGGUAGGGAGGGUGGUACCAUUUUGUAAAUACUCUUAAGUGAGCUCAAGAAACCUCUAGUUAAUGUCAUGACUGUAAACUUGCCUGUUGAGGACUACUAUAUAGAGAAAGAAACCCCUCAAUUUUAGCAUGGUGUGAAUAAAGUGUUAGACUUGUAAUACUGUAGAGGUUCCGUAACACUUGUCCAUACAGUUCAAGCAUCUUCAUAAACUUCCUGCAGUGGGUAUUUAAAGAUAAUUGUGUGAAACUUCCUUCCCUGAAAAAUGAAUACUUCUUCCAAAACUGUAUAGUGCACAGAAAUGCCUUGUUGGAGGGAUAAAACAUGACUUUUGAGAGAAAUGUACAUUGCAUACGUCUUUAUCAACUCUGGAUAGUUGCAUUCAUAUUAGAUGUAUGCUUCCUGCUUAAUAGUGCAAGUAAGACUUCUUAAUUGCAAGUUUUUUCUGUAAUGCUGAAUAUUGUAUACUACUGGUUUCCAUGACAAGCUUUUAGUUUUGUUCUGAGCAGUGUAUAUUCUGGAUCACUUUAGGUCUCUAUUCCAGUCUAAAGACAUUAAGCUAUUUGUGUCACUUAAACCAUGUUUUAUACACUCGAUAGGUGCUUUAUGGGACCCUUUGGUUAUUGGUCCUCUAGCAUUGAGGCACAGCUCAGUUGAAAUCGGAGCAAUAAAACUUCCUGGAAUCCCAAAUGUUACGAUGUUACAUUACACUUCUCAUGCACAAAGCAUGGACUUUGAUAUGAAUUUCAGUAUGAGGUUUUAUAUUCACACUUUUGGGGGAAUGGUAUUUUAAAAUAUGAGUAUUGUGAGUGAAUUUCUAAAAAAAAAAAAACAAAAACAAAGUUCAAAAUUUUAAAACGCUGUAGUUCCAUGACAGACUUGUGUACUUUUUGAAAUAAAACUGUUGGAGAAAACA